AGAGAAACUAGAAAUAGGCGAAUAUUAAUAUUUUAAAUAUUCAAUGUCUUCUCAAUGUGAUACAACUCCUUAGAAAAUACUUUAAAAUUAUAGCACAGAUCAUUCCUAAAGAUAUAUAUCACCUUGUAGUGAUGGUUCUGACUAGGACACGGAAAAUCUAAUUAAAUAACCUACAAUUAGAAAGAAGAGUUUUGCAACUCCUGGUGAUAAAUAUGAUUAAUCAGAUGGCAAAAGACAAUAAUUAAGAACUAAAUUCUGUAGAAACUUUUAAGAAAAAGGUUAUUGCCAUUACAAAGAUAAGGUACAUUUAAAUGAAAUGAAAGUGUUCUUUUAUACAUGAGUCACAUAGAAUAGAGAACUUAGCCAAUAGACGAACUAAACCAUGUAGAUGUUUCUUUUCUAUUGGCAUUUGUCAAUUUGGUAUAAAUUGCCAGUAUGCCCAUUAUGAAGUUAUUGAUAAAGAAGAACUACGAGAUUUUGUUGAGAAAACAUUUAAGGAAUAAAAAUUAAUGGUUCCCAUUCAUCCGAGUAUUUAUUUAAUCAUAACAAAUAGAUAAAUUAUAGCCUGAUACAAGAAACGACUUACAAAGAUUUUAACAUUUGUAUAAAAUUUUUGGAAGGAAACUAAGCUUCAGAAGAGAUGAUUUAUUAGUCAAUAUAUGCAGAGAGUAUGAUUAUUUUCUAUUUUGAAGGAGAAAUUCCAUUUUCCUUAGACUUUGCUAAAGUGAGGUAUAGGAAUUCGAUGACCUUCUUUAAUGACCUUAAAUAUAUAUAUAUAAAGUUAUUCUAUAAUCUGAAGUCU